GAAUUCCAGAGAGCCAGACCCCGAAACCUGGGAGCCCCAAAAUCCAGAGAACCAGAGCUUGGAAUCCUGGGAACCCUGAAACCUGGGAACUCUGAAACUUGGGAACUCUGAAACCUGGGAACCCUGAAACCCGGGAACCCUGAAACCUGGGAACUCUGAAACUUGGGAACUCUGAAACUCGGGAACUCUGAAACCCGGGAACUCUGAAUCCCAGGAAUCCUGAAACUUGGGAAUCCUGAAACUUGGGAACUUUGAAACCUGGGAACUCUGAAACUUGGGAACCCUGAAACCCCGAGAGCCGGAGCCCCAAAACCCGGGAGCCCCCAAAGCCGGAGCUUUGAUCCCGUCCCGGAGAGCGGGAGCCCCUCCGGCCCCGUGUCCUGCAGGAGGGUCCCUCACCCCGGAGCAAACGGGGGGAUGUGGCAGGUGUGACCCCCGUGCCCCCCGUGUGCCCCCCGUGUGCCCCCCGUGCCCCCACCAUGGACCCCCGGCCCGGGCAGCCCCCGGAGCCGCUGCUGACGGUCAACGAGCAGGUGAUCGUCAUGUCGGGCCACGAGACCAUCCGGGUGCUGGAGGUGGGGGUGGACACCCCCCUCCCGGCCCAGGGGGACCCCAAAACCGCCGUGGAGGGGGCGGGGGGAGCCCCCGGACAGGGGGGCCCCCCGAGGGGGGAGGAGGGUCCCCCCAGCACCCCAAACUCGGCCGGAGGGGAGGCGGCAGGGUCAGGGGAGCCCCCUUUGCCCCCCCCAUCUCCCCACAGAGGGGGGAUCACCAGAGCAGCUCAGGGGAUCCCCUUCACCCCCCCCGGAGCGGGGGGGUCUCCAGCCAAGAGGGUGUUGGCUCAGGAAAGCUUAGCCACAGGUGUGACAGGAGUAAUGGUUCCGGCAGGGACAGUUACUCAACCUCUUCUUAUCCCCAUCAGUGUUGCAGGUCAGGUGGCGGGGCCGGUGCCAGCCCAGCCCGCGCUGGUGGUGACAAUCCCCACAGCAACGCUGGCCGCGCUCCCGGGACUGAUCAAACCGCCCGUCGCCAACCUGGCAGGUAACCCCGGGCGGGGAGGAGCGGCAGGAGGAGGUCUGGGGCUCCAGGGGCGGCCCCCGGGGCAGAUUUAG